GCUUUUCGUGCGUUAAUGUCACGAAUCAUGUUUAUAAAUUGAGAGAAAUCUUGAGUAAAAUUUCAUUAGUUAUACCUAAUUCUGUGGAAGAGCGACACCAGACGAUUUAUUCUAAUAGUGCAACGAUGAUUUUUAUUAUACAUCUUCUCCUCUUCAACUAUGCCAUAGGAGUAGAUAUUAGAAUGCCUCAGGGUUUGACUUAUGAAGAAUUUCUAAGGUGCAGAGGUCUGCCAUGCGAGGACUUUCAGAAGAAACAAGCCGCAAUAUCUCAAAUAAACAAUUUAUUAAAAGAUACAAACUAUGAGGAAAGAUCAACUGUCAGGUUCAAUUAUACUUCAGAAGUUUUAGACGGCUGUGUCAGAUUGAACGCAAGGCAAACUCAGAAUUUAGUAAUUCAUUUAAGAGAAUUGCAAGAAAAUCAACAAACUAGAAGGAAAAGGCAUACAAUUAAUUUUGAUAAAUAUGGAAAUAGAAAAUGGCGAGUGACUCGAAUUCAGUAUAAAAUUGAAGAAGAUUACACUCAAGAGUACAUUACGAAGCUUGAACAAUCCCUGAGACAUAUUGAAGAUAAAACUUGCUUCACUUUUGAACGUGUUGCCAACGAUGGUAUCGUCAACGAUGACCAUAUUAUAUUCUCUAACGAGGAAAAAGCGUGUUGGGCUUAUAUUGGUAGGGUAGCUGCAGGCUCUUAUCCUCAACUGAUUAACCUACAUGAAAGAUGUAUUGAUUUUUUCGGCAUUCCCGUUCACGAAGUUAUUCAUUCGUUAGGAUUUUGGCAUCAACAUCAAAGACCGGACAGAGAGAAUUAUAUUAAAUUAAACUGCGAUCUAAUUAACGGUGGAUGUGAACACGAUCAGAUGAAGAUACCUAAUGACGUAAAAGAGCCUAGUAUACCUUAUGAUUACAAUUCUGUGAUGCAUUAUUCAGGAUUUUCAAAUGCUCGGGAUAGAAGUAGGCUGCACGAAUUGACAAUUAAAGCAUUAGAUAAAGGACAUCAAAAAGCCUUUGGUCAAAGGGUGGAAAUGUCCUUUUUAGAUGCGAAAUUAAUUCAUAACGAAUAUUGCCAAGCAAAAUGCAACAGCAAUCCCCCUAAUUGUCAAAAUGGGGGAUUUCCUAAUUCGAAAAAUUGCGCUAAAUGUAUAUGUGCUGAUGGCUUUGGUGGCAGUCUAUGCCAGGAUGUCGCUCCUAGUACAACAGGAUGUUUUAAUAGAGGCGAUAUUGUAUUGGGAAUAGGAGAGGAGAGAGUUAUAAACACUCCAAAUUACGGGACCGGCUACAAAUCUGGAGACAAGUGCAACUGGAGGAUAAGCGCUCCACCUGGUUAUCAGGUCAAAAUAACAUUUGAUUCGAAUUUUCGAAUUUAUUGCUAUAAAGCUCGCGAUGAUUCUGGAUUAUAUAUAAGGGCGUGUCUUUAUCAUUGGGUUGAAGUAAAGUAUGACUACGACUUGUCCAAAAAUGGUUACCGGCUAUGUUGCGAAAGUCAACCAAAACCAAUAACAUCCAAGGGAAGAAUUAUGGUAGUCGCUUUUCGAAGUUUAGAGGAGAGGCGAGGCCAUUACGUUGGAUUUAGAGCUCGUCUUUCUACAGUUAGAGCUGACGGUCAGCCUGUCGAACCAACGAAAGAGCCAACAAUCGCCCCCACAACUAAAACAACUACAACGACUACUUUGCCUACUACCACAAAACUUCCCUCAACAACACCUGACAAUGGUGUCCGCUGGUCUGAGUGGAGCGAUUGCUCAUUCAGAUCGUGUCAAUGUGGUGGCUGCGACUUUCAGUUUCGAUUUCACAUUUGCCGUAAUCAGUAUGACCAAUACGAAGCAUGCUAUGGUGAAAGAUUUGGACUAGAGAUGAAGAAAUGUAAUGAUGAAGAGAGAAUGUGUGGAUCUUCAGACAAAUAUCCUAUUUUUAUUGGAAAGCUCUAUUAUCAACAAUGCUCAAGAUGCUGUGUAGAGUUUAAGGAAGUGGCGGGCCGUUGCGUGAAAAGACAGAAUGUUAAUUCUCUGACGCAAAUAAAUAAUAGAACUGACAUCCCAGAGGAAGCUAAAUUUAAUGUUGACAAAGCAAUUCUCGAGUAUAAUAAGAAGGGCAUUAAAGUUACACCAAAUAAUGCUAAAACUUUAAACUUUCAUUCUUUUUCAUUGAUUUCAUCAAUUGGUUUUGUAUUAUUAAGCUUUUUGCUAAUUAGUAAUUAA